AUGAUUCAAGGUCGCUAUCUGCAGAACCUUUUGAACAACUUUAAAUGCGUUCAGUCUCUGCACAGUUUCAGGUAUUUUUGCCUCAGAAUUCUUAUCACAGCAGGAAAAAAAAAGGUAAAAACCAGUUUUCUCAAGAAGUAUUUGAAGGAAUUACUCAUCGUCUUUUGAAACAGCUCAGGCUAACUUGAAAAAGCUCAAAGAGGAGCCGGAUGUGGAGACCAAGCUGAAGCUCUACGCUUUAUUCAAGCAGGUUGAAUGAUGAAAUAUCGAUAGUACCGAUUGGACUAUAUUGCAGGCCUCUCAAGGUGAUGUCCAAGGAAGCCGCCCUGGUAUGAUGGAUUUCGCCGGCCGAGCUAAGUUUGACGCUUGGACCAAGUUAAAGGGCGUCACUAAAGUUCGCUUUUUUUAUCUAUCUUUCCAUCAAAUAGCUGUCCCACAGUGUAUUCCAACAGGCAUUGCUUUCUCGUUAUAACGUUAUUUCUUGCCAUUCUAAUCAUUUUUGACCUGAUAAAAUUUGAUAGGAUUUUUCACUCACUUGGUGAAGUUAAAAACCACGAGAAACAUAAUAAUUUUUUGUGGCCCAAAAACACCCUGAAUUAUUGCAAAAAUGUGUCUUUUAUGUUAGCUCUGAUCCAGGUUUUUUUCAGAAAAUAAUAUUCUAAAAAAACAAAAUAAAAAAAUAUGAUUUCUAGGAAGAAGCCGGUCGCCAAUACAGCGUUGUUGUCAAUGGCCUACUGAAAACGGAGCAGUCAGAGUCGAGCUCCUCGCCGUCGGCUCAGCAAAUCGAUGGACUGAAGCCUGUAGACGGACUAGAUGUACUUCUUCUCUUUUGUACUAAUGAUAAAAAUCUUUUUAUGUAUCCGUCGAUGGCAAGAUUUUCAAAAUCGCACUCAACAGACCAAGCAAAUUCAACGCUUUGACUCUGGAAAUGUAUCGAGGAUUGACGGCGGCGUUGAAGGCGUCGAGCGAGAGCAAGACGACGUCGAUCACGGUUGUCACUGGUGAGCUUUCUGCUCAGAAAUCGGCUUUUUUUUAGUUCUCAUGGGAACAGAAAGACUUAUAUCCCAUUGUUUCAAUUCGAAUCCGAUCGAGCGAUUCUAUAUCAGAUUAUAAUAGAAAAGACGAGUAACGUUUCGUGUAAUCAUUUUAAGCAUUUUGUGAACUGUUGACCGAACUUUACUUCGGCUUGUUUUUUCGCUUAUUCACAGAAGUUGGUUGAAUCAAAAAGCUAACUUUCUCCAAAUUCCACUGAUGUGCUUUACUAAUUUCUGAAAAAAACCUAUUUGAAAAUAUGAUGAACUCAGCGAAAAAAGUUUUAAUUUUGAAGGCAAUGGCAAUUAUUUCUGCUCCGGCAACGAUUUGAGCAACUUUGCCAAAAUGGGAACGGCGCCGAAGGAAGAACUAGCGAAAAUGGCAGCCGAAGCGAGGACAGUUCUCCAGGAGUACGUCCAGGUAUCCGAAAAGCAGCGAUAUUUCAAUCUUUCCAAAAGGCUUACAUCGACCACGAGAAGCCUCUGAUCGGGCUGAUCAACGGUCCCGCCGUCGGAAUCGCCGUCACAGUUCUUGGGCUUUUCGACUACGUCAUCGCGACAGAUAAGGUGAAAGAAAACAAAUUUUCUCCUCGAAUUGUGCAGUUUUUUUUUUUUGAAUGAAUUUUAUUCACAUGGAGACACAGGAAAUUGGUUUCAGGCUACCUUCCACACCCCAUUUGCGCCACUCGGCCAAAGUCCCGAAGGAGUUUCCAGCUACACGUUUCCUCUUCUGAUGGGGCAACUCCGCGCCUCCGAAGUAGGAAAAACUAAUUUUCCUGACCAAUCAGGAUUAUUCAGUUGCUUCUCGUGUGCAAGAAGAUCAGUGCUGCGGAGGCCAAGGAGUACGGUCUCAUCAAUGAAGUCAUGCCUUGCAAACAGUUUUUUAUAUGGUUCUUUCUGAUUUCAGAUCAUUGAGGGAAGCGAGUUCAGCGAGGCAGCUCUGAAAAAGGCGCGAGCUUUCUCAACGUUGCCGCCCGAAAGUUUGCGUAUCAACAAGGUCCUCAUGCGAUCGCUGCACAAGGAAAACCUCACCAAAACCAACGAGGUUAAAUCGUGUCAUUUACAAAAGUCAACCUGUUCUCUCUUCAGUUGGAAUGCAAGACAAUCGAGCAGCGCUGGCAGUCUGCCGAGUGCCACCGCGCGGUUGCCGCGUUCCUUUCGCGAUCAGCCAAAAAGUAA